CCCCUAUUGGCAUUUGCCGAGAAGAUCCAUAGACCGCAAAGUACCUGUCCUAAGUUGGCGCAAAUAUAUUUAAUUUGCGCAUUUUGAUGUUGAGGAAGCAUGUAUGAAAAUAUUCUCUGAAAAUGUGGGCAAACUCAGGAUGGCAGGCUUCAUGGCCACUUCAACAGAAUGCAUACCAAAAUGUUCCACAUGACCAGAUUGACUGGGCUCAGCUGGCAAAGCAGUGGAUUCAGCAGAGAGAAGCUGUAGCAACAGAUGGGCCUGUUAUCAAUACCACAGCUCCGCCACCCCCACCUCCACUGGAAGCCCAAACCACCCUCACAACCGGUAACAAUCAGGAUGAAAACCAGAUGGACAUCUCGGAUGAGGAAGGGGAAAAUAGUCAACCAACUACUGAUAUAAAGAAUGGUGGUAAUUACAACCAGAUGCCAGUAGGAAUGCCACCCGUUGGCAUGGUUCCUCCUGGUGGCUGGCAGUGGAACAUGGGGGGUUGGAAUCCAAAUGGCCCACCUGCUGACUGGAGUGUUCCACCACCUGGCAUGGGAGAUGCAAAGGGAACAGUGCAUCCAUAUGAUUAUGGCCCAGUUGGAGGUGUGAAUAUACCAUUCUCAGAUGGAUAUCAGGAAGGCUAUAGUCAAGGAGAGCAGUAUGACUACGAUCAGGGUUACAAUGAUUCCGGCAGUUACUGGUCGGCUCCAGCUCCAGAUGAGUACCGCUCAGACAGGAAGAAGUUCCCUCCUAUGGGAGAUAGCCAUGAUGACACACCACCUCUAGAUGCAGCCAAAAGGAAAACUCUGCCGAUUUGGAUUCGCCAAGGGCUGGAGAAGAUGGAGAGAGAGAAGCAGAAGAAGCUGGAGAAGGAACAGAAGGAGAGGGAACGAGAGGCAGCACUGAGGGCCAAAGAGGAGGCUGAGAAGGAGGCUGCUGAGGAGGUGUUGAGGGAAAGGAAUGGAGGAGGUGGAGGAGAGCCAAGUAUACCACGCAGGAGCAAAUUUGAUUCUGAUGAGGAAAAGUCCAGGUCCCCAAGUCCGUCACCUACCCCGAUCAAGAAAGUGGACAGAGCAAGAUCUCCCUCCCCAGAACCAAAGACCGAGGAAGAAAUUCAGCAAGAGCUUAUGUUCAAAGUGCGCAAGAUGUUGACAGAGAUUUUGCUGGAUGUCACCAACCAAGAGACAGAAGCUGUGGCAAAAGAAGUGUAUUACAAAGCUAAGAACAGGGCAGCCAAAGCUCCAGCAAAACAGCUAGCCAAGUCCUCAGCUUUGGCAUCUCUCACAUCCCUUGGUGCUGGGUAUGGCUCGGACAGUGAAGAGGAGCAGGAUGCUAGUGAGAAGUCGGACCAAUCAGAUAGCGAGGACGAAGAUCUUGAGAAUAAAAUCAGGUGGAAACGUAUUGAGUUUGAGAAAAAACACAGAGAGGUAAUGUCACAAUUUGAGGAGGAAAGGCAGCGAGUCGCAGCCCAGAAGCAGAAAGGAAAGGUACCAGCUUCUCCUAAACCUGAGAAGGAAGAGUCGGAAGCUGCAAAGCCUGCAGACGGCAAGACCAACUAAAGAAGGAGGCACCAGUAGACGAACAUUCUAAUAAUUUUAAUAAUAAAUAUGAGGGCAUUCCAGGACUGGACAUUAGUCCAGAGGCAGUGAAGGAGGAGAAGCCUAAGAGGAAAGCAAGUGUUAAGGAGGAAAAGCCUGAUAAAACUCAUAAGAGUGGUCGACGGAAGUCUGAUAACGAAGAGAGCAGUAAUAACAGGAAAAAGCAGAAGGUUGAAGGAAAGCAGCAGUAGUGACUCUAGUAGCAGCUCUUCUAAUGACUCCUCGAAGACUCCGAGUCAGACAGCUCAGACUCUGACUCCAGUGUACAUUCUUCCAGCUACGAAGAAAGUGACCCGAAUCGACAAGAGUCUAAGCGUAUGAAAGACAAAGGUAAAGACAGGACUAAGUUGAAAGGCACAAAAAAAGACAAGAAGAAAAAAGCAGUAGAAAAGUAUAGGGACAAGCAUAAAGAUAGCGAUGAGAAAGUGUAAGGCGACGUAGCCAAAGUGACAGUGUUGAGAGAACUAGAUCUGACAAAGUGGACUCUAAAAGAGGACAUGACAAGGACCGUUCUGACAGGAACAGGCAUGAAAGGGACAGCGUGAAGAAGAGACAUGAACGAAGUGAAAGCCUUGAUAGAAAUAGGCGUGGACGAGGUGACAGUUAUGAUGGAAACAUGCAUGAACGAAGUGGAAGUCGUGAUAGAAGUAAGCUGUGAACGAAGUGAAAGUCACGAUAGAAGUAGGCGUGAAAGCCGUGAAAGAAGUAGGCGUGAAAGGAGUGAAAGCCGUGAAAGAAGUAGGCGUGAAAAGGAGGUGAAAGCUGUAGGCGUGAAAGUCCUGAUAGAAGCAGGCAUGAACGAAGUGAAAGUCUUGAUAGAAGCAGGCGUGAUCGAAGCGAAAGUCCUGAUAGAAGCAGGCAGUGAACGAAGCCAAAGCAGGGAAAAAAACAGGCGUGACCGAAGACGACGUAGUGUGGAGAAACAUAGGCGCAGCAGAGAAAGAGACUCUGACAGAAAACAUAAACGGAGAGACAGUUCUAGACGCAGUGAUCAUAAAGACAGUAGUCGUGACAAAUACACAGACAGGGAUGAUUCUGAGAGGAGACGACGGAAGAAGGAACGACGUCGAAGCAGGAGCAGAUCGAGGGAUUCUGGGUCAAAGAAGAAACGACGGUAUGAGUCUGAAUCGUCCCCAGAGUACCACACGAGCAGAUCCCACAAGGAUAAGUAUGAUGAUGGGGAGAGAAGUGGUAAGCGGUCCAGUAAACACAGGUCUAGAUCCAGAUCAAGGUCCCGAUCUCCAAGACACAGCCGACAUUGACAAAGACACAGAAAUUCUAUGUUUUUGUAAAACCGCCCCAUGAGAUCAUUAUGGAGUCCUGCUAAGGAUCAGACAACAAGUAUCAUCGUUGUCUGCUUAUUUCAGUUUGUGUUCUGCUAUAUAUGAAGAAGAAGAAAAAAAAAGACUUUGAUCGAAUUUCUUGAUGCUUUUUUUUUCGUUUUAUACAAUUACUUUAAAUUUGGCUUUUCACUAGCAGCUCAAAAUAAACAUAAUAUCAUA